ACAGUACAGGACAAAAGUUUGGACACCUUCUCAUUCACAACACAACUGAUGGUCCCAACCCCAUUGAUAAAGCAAUAAAUUCCACUAAUCAACCCUGAUAAGGCACACCUGUGAAGUGAAAACCAUUUCAGGGAGAAAAAGGAAAUGCAGGAUCACCAGGAGCUGUUGGCAAGCCUGGUACAACAGGGGAUCCUGGUGUUCCUGGAUUACAGGGGGAGAAAGGUGAAUAUGGCUCACCAGGCCCAAGAGGAGUGUCUGGGAGACAGAGGAGAUCCGGGCUUGCAAGGAUUACCAGGCUCUCCAGGACCACUGGGCCAGAUGGGUGAGCCAGGACAUCGCGGAGAAGUUGGUUCUAAGGGGGGUCCAGGGCUGCCAGGAGAAGCAGGCCUAGUGGGACCUCAGGGGGAGAAAGGCUUGCAAGGACCACCAGGAAUAAACGGAGCACAGGGUGACUGUGGUGAUGCAGGGGUUAAUGCUCGUCUCGCUUCACCAAGCCAGAAGGGCUCCACAGGGGAACCGGGUUUACCAGGACUACCAGGUCCUCCUGGGUAUCCGGGGUACAAAGGGCACAUGGGGGAGUUGGGAGAGCCAGGCCCAAAAGGAAAUGAGGGGGAGCGAGGCAGAGAUGGAGAGCCGGGGACUGACGGCGUACCCGGCCAAGUGGGACCCAGAGGACGGGAAGGAGAGAAAGGAUGGAAAGGCGACGAGGGUAUUAGGGGGCUGGAUGGCAAUAAAGGAGAUAUGGGCCACGUGGGCCACAUGGGUGCUGUCGGUCCCCGGGGAGUUUCUGGCCUGGAUGGGUUGCCAGGUCAACCAGGUCAGCCUGGAUAUCCUGGAAAGCCAGGCAGGUCGCCCUCAGAUGAACAUCUUACCAGACUCUGCACCGAUGUCCUCCGUGUUCAACUCCCUGCACUGCUCCGGUCCAUGGACUCUUCAGCCAGGUGUGAACCGUGCCAAAAUGGGAAAGGACUCCCUGGUGUGCCAGGAGCACCGGGGCCUAAAGGCUCCUUGGGAAUUCCAGGUCACCCCGGCAGGACUGGCACUCCAGGAUACCCAGGAACUCCUGGACAGCGAGGUUCUCCGGGCCUCAAAGGUGACGUCGGGCUGAGAGGGAUCAAAGGCAGCAAAGGAGAAGGUCAUCAGGGACGUCCGGGACCACCCGGACCGCCAGGGUCUCGAGGUCCUUCUGGCUUCGAUGGACUCGGCCAGCCAGGAAACCAGGGAAUUCCCGGGGAAACGGGAGCCCCCGGAGAUCCGGGUAAAAGGGGUACCCCGGGCACACCGGGGAUAUGUGACUUAUCCAUGUGCUAUCAGACCUACAACCUCAGGGAACAUUACAGCAAAGGACCCAAUGUCUGACGACACAGUCCAUGGACACAGCUGAUACCAGCUCUCACACCCACGACCCAGCCAAAGAUGAUGUACUGUAUCACUGAUUCAUGUGUGGAUCUUGACUCCUGCAGAAGCACUGCAGCACUGGGGUAACCUCAAACUCAACAUGAUUCAUAGUUAUGAAGUUCAUGGUCGUAACAACGGCUGAGAUUCCGGGUUCUACUUGUAGUAAGUCACUUGACUAACAAUGGUUCUGGUUGCCAUAGAAACAGAGUAGCAUCAAUAUAAUAACUUAUUUACGUUGGUUUUGUGUUCCUACAAAGAUAAUCUGUUGAUGACUAUAAGGACUACGGUAAAGCAGUUUUUUUUAUUAAAUAUAUGUACUUCUACUACAUUAAACACAUAUUACACUACAUUUUUUUUAGAUGGAUCGUAUUACCCACAUUUUUCAAUGGAAAAAAAUACAUGAAGAUAGGUACUGAUAAUUAUUAUUCGCAGGUAUGCAAAAUAAUUUUCUCUUCAAGUCAUUACGAAUAACUUCCGGCUUCUCACGACUGACAACGGAUUUAAAUCUGUUACUUUUUAAAAUGUAGAUUUAGCUUUGAGGCUAGCUUUGCGACGUCUUAACAACAGGUGUCUUCAAAGGCUUUCAAAACACCGUUGUUUCAGGUGGCUGAUAAGGUUCGAUGUGUUGAAGGGUGAUGUUUUUUGGUGUAAAUAGUACGCAAAUUUUUUUUGCCUGAAACAGUGAAGAAGUACCACACGAUCGACGCAGCACGUGUAAUCUUGCCUCCUUGGGGUGUUGUUGUUUUUUUAAUCGAUAAUCAGUGCGAUUUUUUUUUUUACAUGAUCUGAUUAUCUGACAAUGUCAUAAUUCCUCAUAUCUGUGCGAUAUUUAGCGUCUACACCUAAUUAUUGGAAUUACAUGUGUAACAGUGCGCCCUAAUCACAGUUCGAUAAGUAUCUCGUUUUUAAGGUCACAGUUUUAGGUACACUGAAGGAACAAAAAUGUAAAUUAUAUGGCUAAAAAAAAAAAAAAAAUACCGUAUUUUUCGGAGUAUAAGUCGCUCCGGAGUAUAAGUCGAACCGGCCGAAAAUGCAUAAUAAAGAAGGGAAAAAACAUACAUUACCGUUCAAAAGUUUGGGGUCACAUUGAAAUGUCCUUAUUUUUGAAGGAAAAGCACUGUACUUUUCAAUGAAGAUAACUUUAAACUAGUCUUAACUUUAAAGAAAUACACUCUAUACAUUGCUAAUGUGGUAAAUGACUAUUCUAGCUGCAAAUGUCUGGUUUUUGGUGCAAUAUCUACAUAGGUGUAUAGAGGCCCAUUUCCAACAACUAUCACUCCAGUGUUCUAAUGGUACAAUGUGUUUGCUCAUUGGCUCAGAAGGCAAAUUGAUGAUUAGAAAACCCUUGUGCAAUCAUGUUCACACAUCUGAAAACAGUUUAGCUCGUUACAGAAGCUACAAAACUGACCUUCCUUUGAGCAGAUUGAGUUUCUGGAGCAUCACAUUUGUGGGGUCAAUUAAACGCUGAAAAUGGCCAGAAAAAGAUAACUUUCAUCUGAAACUCGACAGUCUAUUCUUGUUCUUAAAAAUGAAGGCUAUUCCACAAAAUUGUUUGGGUGACCCCAAACUUUUGAACGGUAGUGUAUAUAAGUCGCACUGGAGAAUAAGUCGCAUUUCUUGGGGAAAUUUAUUUGAUAAAACCCAACACCAAGAAUAGACAUUUGAAAGGCAAUUUAAAAUAAAUAAAGAAUAGUGAACAACAGGCUGAAUAAGUGUACGUUAUAUGAGGCAUAAAUAACCAACUGAGAACGUGCCUGGUAUGUUAACGUAACAUAUUAUGGUAAGAGUCAUUCAAAUAACUAUAACAUAUAGAACAUGCUAUACGUUUACCCAACAAUCUGUCACUCCUAAUCGCUAAAUCCCAUGAAAUCUUAUACGUCUAGUCUCUUACGUGAAUGAGCUAAAUAAUAUUAUUUGAUAUUUUACGGUAAUGUGUUAAUAAUUUCACACAUAAGUCGCUCCUGAGUAUAAGUCGCACCCCCGGCCAAACUAUGAAAAAAACUGCGACUUAUAGUCCGAAAAAUACGGUAUAUUGAAAUAAUAAUAUGUUGAUUUAUUAAUUAAAUUAUUUAUAACAAAAGUGCCCAUACAGAAAAACAGGAGCUACAUUUUGUAAAAUGAAGAUGCUAAACGCAGGCCGGUGUAUGUCAUCAUAUUCAAAACUAACUGAAUAAAACAUUUUAGUUUGGUGUUAUAGCUGAACAAAUUAGUUCAUAAAUAUUUUCUAAAAUCAUCUCUUUUGUCCACUCUACAUUUUGAACAUAACGGCAAGGUCACAUUAGUCAUCACAUAUCGUGUGGUAAAAUGGUUUCUGCCUUUUGCGCGUGUCAGUUAUUAAUAAUUGUAAAAAAAAAAAGGUGUGAAAAUUGAAGUACUUAAAAGGUAGAUUUAGAUAAGUUUAGGGAUGGGUACCUUCCUCAUUUAGAACGAUUCAGUACCGAUUCCUGGCACUUGGAAACAAUACCGGUUCUCACCUGUUCCAGUUGUUAUUACUUUUGUGUGUGUUCAUGUGGUAAUACAAACCCCGUUUCCAUAUGA